GUUUCUCUCUUUUCUGCCGCAUGAUACGCUGCCCCUCGAUCAACAUGCAGUCCAUCGCUCGGCCGCUGCGAAAUCUGGCCCGCCAGCGCCGCCAUGUCCUCCUCAAACAGACCGUGACGGCCACGCCGUGCCUACGCCGCCAAUAUGCCACCACACGCGCUCAGAACGAAAGCUCCGCCCGAUCCGCCGUGAUCAAUGUCCUCAACAAUAUCGGCUCCAAACGAGAAGUGCAGCAAUACCUCGCCCAAUUCACCUCCGUCUCCUCGCAGCAAUUCGCGGUGAUCAAGGUCGGCGGUGCCAUUCUGACCGAUUACAUCGAUGUGCUAUGUGCCUCGCUCCGCAACCUCAACCAGAUGGGCCUGUACCCGGUCAUCAUUCACGGUGGAGGCCCACAGCUGAACGAUCUGCUCCAAAAAGCCGGCGUGGAGCCACAAUACAGUGAGGGAAUUCGAAUCACAGAUGGAAAGACUUUGGGAAUUGCUCGCAAGCUCUUCUUACAGGAGAACUUGAAGCUGGUGGAGGCAUUGGAGUCAUGGGGAGUUCGCGCCCGCCCAAUCACCUCCGGUGUCCUCAUGGCAGAAUACAAGGAUAAGGACACCUACCAAUUCGUGGGCGAGGUCAAUCAAGUCAAUGCUGAGGGCGUGAGGGCUGCCAUUGCUGACGGCUACAUCCCCGUCCUGACAUGCAUGGCCGAGAGCGAGGAUGGGCAGGUCCUCAAUGUCAACGCUGACAAGGCUGCGGCUGAGCUUGCCAAAGAACUCGUGCCGUUGAAGAUUGUAUACCUGUCUGAGAAGGGUGGUCUUCACAACAAGGAGACUGGCAAAUUGAUCGAGGCUAUCAACUUGGACGAGGAAUACGAUGCGUAUAUGAAGAUGCCUUGGGUCAUUCACGGCACUCGCAGCAAGAUUCGGGACAUCAAGACAUUGCUGGACGAUCUCCCUCGCAGCUCGAGCGUGGCCAUCAUUCACCCCGAGAGCUUAGAACGCGAGCUUUUCACCCAUUCUGGAGCUGGCACCUUGAUCCGCCGCGGGACCAAGCUGCUGCAAGCCUCCUCUCUGAAGGAGUUUGGCAACCUGGACAAGUUGAAGGAGACUCUCGUUCGCGAGCGGGAAGGCCUCGAUGCUGCCAAUGUGGUCGACGGCUACCUUGAGAUCCUGGAGUCGCGGCCUUUUCGGGCUUAUUACGACGAGAGUAUGGAGGCACUGGCCAUUGUUCUUCCACCUCAAGAGGGCUCCACCGCACUUGGCCACCUCGCUACAUUGACCAUGACACGGUCCGCAUGGCUGUCCAACAUUGCCGACAACGUCUUCCAAAACCUGAAGCGCGACUUCCCCAAGCUCGCGUGGACUGUCAAGCAAGACGAUGAGAACCUGACAUGGUUCAGCGAGAAGGCCGACGGUUCGAUCGCCCGUCAAGGUGAAGUGUUGUUCUGGUACGGCAUCGAGAGCCCAGAUGAGGUCCGUGAACUCAUGUCGGAAUUUGUUCAACACGGUCGCCAGAUGUUUGGUGACAUAAACCUCGAAUCUCAGCUGCACCGCGCCGCAGCUGCUGCCACUCGAAUUCGUGCACGUGCGGCAGAGCUUGGAGGUCGUGGUGCGCAGCAGUCGCGAGGCUUCAGCACAAAUGCCCGACCGAUGAACCGUUCUCGCUUCGGUGUCCCUGCCCGGACCCGGAACUACACCACCACAAACCCCAACCCACCUCUCGGCAUCAAGAACCGGGAGAAGGACUACCCUGCCAAGGUUGCCCUGAUCGGAGCCCGCGGCUACACUGGACAAGCUCUUAUCGACCUUUUGAACCGACACCCCAACAUGGACCUCUGCCACGUCUCAUCACGCGAGCUUGCCGGUAAGAAGCUCAAGGGCUAUGAGAAGAAGGAAAUCAUCUACGAGAGCUUGUCGCCAGAUGAUGUUCGUAGAAUGGCAGAGAAGAAGGAGAUCGAUUGCUGGGUCAUGGCUCUGCCUAACGGUGUUUGCAAGCCAUACGUCGAUGCUAUCGAAGAGUCCGGCCACAAGGAAGCCGUCAUUGUGGAUCUGUCAGCCGACUAUCGGUUCGACUCGAAGUGGACGUACGGUCUGCCAGAGCUCGUCCAACGAAGCAAGAUCGCGAGCGCCACCCGCAUUAGCAAUCCCGGAUGCUAUGCUACCGGUGCGCAGCUCGGGAUCUCCCCGCUCGUCCCCUUCCUCGCGUCUGCUCCUACCGUGUUCGGCGUGUCUGGUUACUCCGGCGCAGGUACCAAGCCGUCGCCCAAGAACGACGUCAAGGUUCUCACAGACAACCUCAUCGCCUACUCACUCACGGAUCACAUUCACGAGAAGGAAAUCUCCAACCAGCUCGGAACCGAGGUCGCCUUUAUCCCUCACGUCGCAGUCUGGUUCGCUGGCAUCCACCAUACCAUCUCGCUUCCAUUGAAGGACAAGAUGGCCAGCCGAGACGUGCGCCAAUUGUUCCAAGACCGUUACGAUAAGGAGAAGCUGAUCAGGAUCACCGGCGAGUCACCCAUGGUCAAGAAUAUUGCUGGAAAGCACGGAGUGGAGAUUGGAGGAUUCGCUGUGCACUCUAGCGGGAAGAGGGCGGUGAUCAACGUCACCAUCGAUAACCUGCUCAAGGGUGCUGCGACACAAUGCUUGCAGAACAUGAACUUGGCGCUUGGGUACGCAGAGUACGAGGGCAUCCCGUUGGAGUAGACUCGGGUCUGUGUAGUAUAGUCGUUGCGGAGGCGAGGAGGCAAGGCGUGAUGGUCUUGUCCACUGCUGUUUCAAAAUGAGCGUUUUAGCUGUGUGCGUGGCGAGUGUUCGGGAGUUGAUAGAUCUGGUCCUAGUUCGUUGGCCUUCACAGGCGAGCUGGAUGCUGUUCAAAGUUGUUUCCAUAC